GACUGGGAGUUUCCACAUUUUAUGGGUGAUGUUGAAGUGAAUCUUCCAGGCUUGCCAUCUGCACACAUGCAGUUCAAAGUACCUUUUUUCCAAAAGAUCUUCAAAGAGGAAUAUCACAUACAUAUAACAGGCAAAUGGUUUAACUAUGGAAUUAUCUUCCUUGUUUUAAUCUUGGAUCUGAAUAUGUGGAAGAACCAAAUAUUUUACAAACCUCAUGAAUAUGGUCAAUAUAUUGGUCCUGGACAGAAGAUCUACACAGUAAAGGACUCAGAAAGCUUGAAAGACCUUAAUAGAACUAAGUUAUCUUGGGAGUGGAGAUCCAAUAACACCAACCCAUUGACCAACCGGACCUAUGCUGAAGGAGACAUGUUCUUGCACAGCAGAUUCACGGGCUCUAGCCUUGAUGUCAAAUGUCUGGCUUUUAUUCCAAGUUUGCUGGCUUUUGCUUUGUUUGGUUUCUUCAUCUGGUUCUUUGGGCGAUUUCAGAAAACUGACCAAGGCAUGGAGAAUUUAGACAAAUCAUACACAAGAAUGAAACGAAAGUCACCAUCAGAUAUGGGAAUGACACGAGAAAAUACACAGGUGUUAGUAGAAGAACCAUUAAGUUUUCAAGAACCACAUCUCGUAUCCAUAAAAUCAGACUUAAGUGAAAUAGUUUUUAAUUCUUCUCUCCUAACUUCUGAAAACUUGAAUGCACAACUGAAUGAACAAGAUAGCCCUUUACAGCCAGUACCAGAGUCCUCUGUCCCUAAGAGUAAUCCUGUGACAUAGAGGCAAAUACCCAGGAAAAUAAAUUUAAAUAAGCAGUUACUAUAAGAUUUCAGUUUUACCUUUUGUAAGUUAAGAUUUACAUAGUGUUUAGAAUAAGAAAUUCAACCUAUACCAAAAGGUGCUCAGCAUGCUUUUUCUAGGAAUUUUGGUUUUUUAUUUGUAUUAUAGUAUGUGCCUACUGUAUAUCUAACAUUCCUUUAUAGAUUGCUUCCCAAAGUUGCACAAGCUAUUUAUUAAUACAUUACCUUAACUGUAUAAAAGUGUA